AUGACAGAGGAAGUAGAAAGUGACAAAAGUGAUAGUAUAAAAGCGUGUGAACGCUACUGGAACUUCUUCUCCAUUUUUAUGAUUUCCCUACGAUUGCUUAUAGUUUUGUUCGGCUUACUGGCUGUUGCCUGGGCAUGUGCCCCAAAUAUGCCAAAACAAGAUCACGGAUAUUGCAAAUUCUACGUUGACGGGAAAAAUGACUUUUCAAGUUCUCGCCGAAAAAGAGACUCCUCUAGCGGAUCUGGAGAAGGAAAGAGCGGCGGAGGUGGUGGUGCCGGUGGAGCUGGUGGUGCUGGUGGUGCUGGAGGUGCUGGGGGUUCUGGCGGCUCCGGAAGUGGCAAUGGCAUGAAAUUCAACCGUUCCAAGAAGAGAAAGGACACCAAAUGCUAUGAAUAUGAAGAUGGAACAAAGGACGAAGGAGCCGUUCUCAAUAAGGGAGUCACUUAUAAAGUCACUGUCACCAAGACCACAUCAUAAUAAUUUAUUAGUGCUUAUCUCUUUUUUUCAUUUAUUUUUGCACUCCAUAGGAAAUAGGGUUUGCUCGUCUUUUAGACAUGGGUUUAAAACGAAGGUUUUGAUCAAAAAUAUAAAUAUGUAUAAAUUGAAAAUCAGAUAAUAAAUUUACUUUGUAUUUA